AUGGUCACGAAUUCUGUCGUCGUGCCGGCGGAGACCGCGCAUCCGUACUACGGACUGCUGCCGUCGUACGUGACCCCUGAUACGGUGCGGACUGAGCGCGGCGACUUUCUGCAUCGGAUGCAGGAAACGCUUACUUGCUUGGAGAGUUUGUGUGGUGAAAAUGCACAGGAACACGUGAUUCAGAACCGUCAUUUUCGAGAUAUAGACACGUUUUUCAAGCUGAAUCAUGAGCUGCCGUUGGAGUUGCACAUACAGCUGAUCAGCGUGUUGGUGGAGCUGCUGUGGACGCGUAGUGCAUGCGCUUUUAUCGAUGUGGACAUGGAAGUUCGGGCUGUGAAGGCAUUACAUUUGCUGUUGAAGAAGUGGAAGAAGCGUCCGCUUCGAGAAGGUGCGUUGGGCGAUGAUCUCGUGAUUGAUUGGAGAUCGGUGAAACGCGCGAUUGAGCGCGUUUGCUUUCGGUCGCCCGGAUACAUUCAGCAAGCUUCACAAAGCCAUCUGGCAAAGCUUAUCAAUACAACGAUCAAGUGUGCCGAGGUGGCGCGCCGUUUCUUUCGAGCAACAGAUCCUUCGGUGCCGCUUGUGUUGGAGCUCUGGACUGAGUUCGGGGAGACUAUUAAGGAUGUGAAGACGAACGAGUGUUUCCGUUCGCUGGCUUUCUUCUCGUUCUUUGUGUCCUUACCGACGUCCGAAGAACCUGCGACAGAGAAGGCAGUACUUGAGCUACUUCCCGACUGGUUAUCAACGUGGUCGCUAGUUUCGAGGUGUUCGGAAUGGGAUGGUCACUGGAUGAAGAUCCUUUCUCGUGCUACCAAGCGAUAUCCCAACACAACGAUGCUGGAUGAAUACCUUUCGUUCGUGUUCGCGAAAGUGACUGAUUUGUUGGAGUUGCCUUCAGAUCUUGGUUCCCCCUUUAAAACGCAGUCGUGGCCAUCUGCGUAUACUUCAAUGAACGGGUCGAAACGCUUCGGACAGUAUGCAAUGCGGCUGUGUGUGUACCUCCUGCGCGAUUCAAAAGACGGCGAGAGUGAUGGUGCUCCGACUCGGUAUCUCCUGGAAGUUCUGAGCUUGAUGAAGUCAUUCUUGCAUCCCUCUAAUGUUGCCAAUGUCGGGAAUUCGCUGGCUACAUUCGUGUACUACUUAAGCAAUGCACUUGCGAAACGGCUUAGCCGUGAGAAGAAGGAUGAAAAGCGUUUGCAACUGCAUUCGAUCUCCAAGGUGGUUGAUGCAAUCCUGGAAAUGUGCUUGCUGGGGAUAUACUCGAAGAACCGUGGCGUAGCAACCAAGUGCAUGUACGUGAUGAAGAUCCUUCUGUGCAUCGAUCCUGCGCGCUGCUCUGCCCCCGUGAUGCAGGAGAUGCUUAAGGCCCUUGACCCACUGGCCAUGAGUCACUCCCACCUGGCAGUCACUGCGAUAUCGUCGAUGGCUGUGUUUUUACCGCAGCUAAUGUGUGGACGGCACCCGCAAAGUACGGGAUUGUUUUUCACCACAUAUUUGAAGCCUAUCUUGAAACUUACACUACUAGGGAUCGAUGCGAACGAUGAAAAGAAGACACAGGCGACGAUCCAGCUUUAUUUCCACUUGCUCUCGUGGCUACCUGUCGUGAACGACCCAGCGAAGGGCCAUUUCCAGACAACAAAGCAGAGAGGUGAACUGUCAAGUCAGUUGUUUGCUGACAUGGAAAAUAGUUUGUUUGCUGAAAUGGGCGCGUUGGACAGCCAGCUGGAUGAGGAAAUGUGGGGGAACGGCCCCUUUUUGGAAGAAUGGGCGCUUGCGGUGCUGGAUCGAUGUUUUCAGUUUAUCCAGUCGCGCGCUAGUGCUAGGUCUGCUUCGCCUUCUACAGACGCUGAAAAGGGAAGAAACGGGAAGGCCUCUAAGAGAGACGGAAGUGAAGAUGCGAUCGUGUUGCAAGUCUUGAAUUUGCUGGCCAUUUUGUUCGCGCAACUGUCCCCAGAGAUCUACACUCUUGGCUUGCGGAAGACAGUGGCUUUCGUAUCCAACGCAUUCUACACUUCGUAUUUUGGAGGAAAGGUAGUCUCAAUGCUGAUCUUCAAUUGCAUGCAAGGAAAUCCAUCCGACGCGAUUUCACAGUUCAUGGCGCUCGUGCUGGAUAAAUUUCACGUGACGAAGUCUGGAAUUGAUGUUUCUAGCUUGAUGGCGAACGAAAAAGUGUGGCACUUGCGAAUUCUCAGUGGACUAGUGCGCUUCAGCCACCCCGAUGACCGCAUCUUACUUCGCUACCAACAUGAAUUGGAAGUGAUUCUGGCACAUUUUCUGAGCAACGACGAUGACAAGGAAGUUUAUGAGGCUGCCGGUACUGUUCUGCGCUACUUGCUCUUUGGUCUUCUUGGCGUGUAUACGCAUGACUUUCGCUCAUUACCAGCUGCAGAAUGGGCAGAUGCAACCUCUAACGAAAGUGGAGCGUUCCAGUAUUUGGGCGCUAGUAUUUCGUGGAACAAGCUUUCGGUAAGGUGGCAUGAACCAAACGAAGCUGAACUUUUAUUCGGAUUCAAAUUGCUACAAGCACACGUUGUUGGUGCUAUUGACAAGUUAGAUCGUUUAAGGGACGCGAGGGCUCUCACUGUUCGUUCGUGGACGCGCCUCCUGGAACAAAUAUUCCAAGGACUUCGAGGUGCUUCAAAUGUGCUGACAGACGAACCCGUGCAAGCGAAUGGUGCGCUUUUGGAUGGUGCUCACUCGUUGCUGCUCAAGGCACUGGGCAAUAAUCUCGAGCUUUACAAGAACUUCGUGUCUCUGAAAGGGUCGCUGAUGAAUCGGGUGCACAGUGCUAUGGUAUUUUGGAGAGAGGAGGGAAGCGGGAGCGCAAUGGAGAACCAGGUGUGGGAUCUGCUCUUGGAUAUCGCGCACCAGCUUCUUAUUUGGAGAGGGGAGCAUCUGGACGAGUUCAAGAUGAAAGAAGCUCAAAACAUGUAUUCCAGAAUGGACGGAGCUUGGGACGUUGCAAAGUGUAUGUUUUUCUAUGCUAAACGGAAAGUGCAGCAACACUUUGCACUCGCCAAUGUAAUUAUGCAGCUGGAAAGUGACGAGGACACGCGCCAACAUUACGAAUCGCUUUUGACGGAGGUUGAGUUGCUUCUGAGAAACCCUUACCAAGAUGUUCGAGCCAAUGCCGCCGCAGUAAUGAAGGAAUGCUCUCUGCUGUACACUAGAUGGAUAUAUUUUUGCCAGUCGAGACAGAUUGAAGAAUUGGACGGACUCCGUGAUGUACCGCAACUGACGGAAGAGCACGUCUCUGGUGUACUCCACAUGCUUUCACUGCCGCUUGCCCGAAGAAAUCUGUGGAAGCGACGCAACGUCCUACUUAAGCGCGUGCUUGUGGUGCUCUUGAAGAGUAACAGUGCGAUUGUGAAGCAUGUUGACGGCGAGGUUAGCAAGGCGAAGAUCGAGGUGAAGUUGCAAACUUUUUUCUUGUCGCUGUUGUCGAACUGGCGAUAUGUUCACUCCCAGGAAGCGGGGUCUCCCAUUAUUGAAGCCCUUUUGACUGCGGAGCCCUCUCCUGCCGAGCAUUGGAAGGUCCAGUUGAUGCAUUUGGUGACUAUUUAUCCAUUCUUGCAACCGAGGACUGCGAUUUCAGUGGAUGUGUGGAAGCUCGUGGUUCGGCAAUUGAGUAAUGAAGUGCUACCGGUGCGACAGGUUGCCUUGGAGAUCUUCGGGCACCUUCUGAAGGUGCUAAAGCGCGAUCGCAAGGAAGACGGAGCUAAUUGUGUGGAACUUAUUCACGAGCUAAUCUACUCUGACAGUACGAUGCGUGCUCUUCUGGAUGCCUUUGUGAAAAACCACAAGUACUCAAACAAAUUUGCGGCAUCUGCAGAUGGACAACAUGCGAAUUCAGCCCCAAGCGAUUGGUCAUUUGGUGUAAACGAAGUUGUCCGGUACAUUUCGGGCAGCUCCCAGUCUUUUCCGAAAGCUCCACCUCUGUCAUCUGUUCGCCUGCUCAACCGAUCAAGUCACUCGAUUACAAACUUGAGCUUAUCUAGUGUCAAGUUGGUACAAAAGCUCGUGGAGGAAAACCCGAAGGCAUUGUUUGGAAGCUGUAUGAUGACAAUUUUGAAAGGCUUGGCCAGCAAGAAUAUUGGUGCCGACAGUGCUGAAGAGGACCGUCAGGCAGCGCUGAAAACGUUGGCGGACUGUACUUCAGGCUUGCUCCAUUCUUUGGCAAAGCUGGACGAUGCGGACGACAAGAUCAUCACGAACCAUAUCGCAGAUGUUGUCCAUGUACUCAAGGUCAUCCUUCCCCAAGUGAGUAUGGUGUUAGUGAACCAAUGGGUAGAGGUAGUAUAUCUCGCCACUCGUCCGUCUAGAUCGGCUGAAGAUUCGCUCGCUCGAGCGACAGUUGAAGAUUACGCUCGUCAAGCAAAAUGGCUAGCACUAGUGGAAGCUGUUGGUGUUCAUUUGCUGGCGGCUGGAGUAUCAAUGGCCGACCGGGCAGUCCACACACUGGCUUGUGAGUUUGGUGAACGGGUACUCAAGGUGAUCCGUGAGCACGCCUUAGCCCAUCAAUACAAGAUAAUCCGAGACCGUGCAGGAAAGAUGCUUCCCCCCCCUGUUGUCCAGUCCGCGUUGCCACUGGGUCAACUUGUGGCUGCUAGUGGUUCGACCGAAAUCGACACCGUCAACGUGGACAACGAAUCUACAAAGAGCAACCCCGAGAAUGAUACCAAUUUGCAUGCGAAGGAAACCGCAAUGCAGUGGCUAUCGUGCUGCGAAAAGUAUGGCAAUGGACGCGAUAUGCUUGCUGUGCUUAACGAGUUACUCCCAGUUGCUCUAUUGACGCAAUCGCACCCGAAGGCAGAAGUAGCCGUUCAAGCGAAGAACGUCACGGAAGCCGUAUCCCUGUCGCUACGAAUGUACUUCGUGCUACAAGAUACGACCGGCGAAAAUGCGUUGACGCAGUUGCUGGAGCUGCUGACGGGUUUAGCUACCUCUCAAACAUGGAAGACGCGCGGUGCAGUACUGCGUUUCACAAUGACGUUCGCCUUCUAUCACUGGGUUUUCUUCACUAGCGACUUGAAGGAGCAGGUGCAUACUUUUAUCUGCUCAUUCUUGACGGACACACAGCGAGAAGUGCAAGCCAUGGCAAAAUACGCUCUACGGGGUCUCCUCCACAAUGAACAACGUGCAGCCGUGGAGGCUCUGGGCGUGCGCUUUGUUGAGAGCGCGGGUCAGGCACGGGAAAAGUUUCCGAAGCUGAUACGGCGUUGCGAGCGCCUGCGGGCCGAAGGAGCCCCCAGCGAGGAGCUGAAGAAAGCGCAAGAUCGCUUGCAAGACCUCGAGGCGACGAUGACGGAGAGCGUGCUGAGCCUGAGUGCGAUCGUCCUGGCAUUCCCGCAUGACGUACCAGCUUUCGUACCACCUAUCUUCGAGGAGCUGGGGCGUUUUCUCUACAUAAAGCGAUCUUCCAAUACGAUAUCGUUCCUGGAGAAGACCGUAAAGGAAACGCUGCUGGACUUUAAACGCACGCAUCAGGACAACUGGCUGGAGACGAAGACUAAGUUCUCUGUGGCGCAGCUUGAUGUGAUUGAAGAUGUAGCCAUCGCUCCGAGCUACUUUACCUAG